CUUUCCAAAACACUCAACGCCUGUUGAAUUGUCUUGUUGUCAUCUGUCAAAUGUCAAAAACCUAACCUCGAACAAUGGCGGGGGUGGUGCGACGAAUUUUCGCAAAUAUCCCUCGAUUGAACGUGUGCAACUACCAGAAAACCCCCCUGUCUUCACUUUUACCAAGCGUUGCGACGAGAUUUUACUCGAAUGUGCCCACUCCGUACGAAAUCGUUGACGCUCAGGAAGACCGCAAGGCCUAUCAAGGCAUUGUUGAUAACGUCAAUCGGCAAGUAGCCGAAGGCAAACAGGGGCGUCUCUUCGCGGUGGUCCACGUGGCCGGGAAACAAGUAAAAGUCACAGAAGGGGAUGUCUUCAUCGUAGAAGGCUAUUGGCCUCCAGAAGCCGGCGAUAAAAUUAGUCUAGACAAGGUUUUACUAGUUGGGGCUAGCGAUUUUACGCUAAUCGGGCGCCCCCUUGUUCAGAGGGGUCUAGUGAGAGUUGAAGCCACGGUAAUUGAGAAAAGUCUGUCACAUACAAAGACUCACUUCAGGAAGAAGAGGAGGAAACAAUACAUGAGGAUAAAUUUCUAUAGGAGUCCUAGGACUAUGCUUAGGGUUAAUAGAGUUGAAAUUGUGGGUGAGGUGAACCACCCGCCUACUGUAACAGGUCUCGAAACACACAUUUUUUAAAUUAAUAUUAUCAUUUAUUUAUACUAAAAUACACAGCAUUACAAACUGAACACAGUUAUAUCAUGGAUAUUAUAGUCGGUAGUAGGUGAAAAAAUUGUAUAAAAAAUCGAUUUACAAAUCCUAGGUCGUACAGGCGUUUCGUUAUUUCGUUUUUUGGAAUAAAAAGUAAUGGAAAUGA